AAAGGGUGCAAGCCUUUUUAAGAGUGUAGGUCGGGCGCCAGCUAAGAUAUAUGGUAUCGCCAAAAUGUGGCUCUGCCAUCAAUUAUUUUGUGUGAUAAUUAUUGUAAGUCUCGUGCGUAUGCGGUCGAAAGCAUUGCACGUGAAUCGAAUGGCCCGCGCUGUGUGUUGUGGUUCUACGAUCCUACAAAUGCCGACACGGGGUUCGUGCAUAAUGUUAUUGCUAGCAUAUCUGGCUCCACGUCAGAGUUAAAUCCUACAAAGAAGCGUUACGAAAGUACCAACGAGUGCAGAAACGUGACAAAUUUGAAAGGAGGGAUUUUAUGAAGGAACUUCUAAGCUUCGUCCAUGAAUUAUUGGAACCCCCGCAUUAAAAAAGAAAAAGAAAAUUGGUGGGUGGAUGGAUGGAUGGAAGGUAGGAGCGUCCCCUUUGAAACGGGGUGAUGGCAGAGCUGGUGAUGAUCGAGUGCCUGCGAUGGCAGCGCCACUAUAGUAAUUUCUCUAUGCAGCUAUACGAAACAACGGCGAAGAGUUUGCUUGUGCGUUGUUAAAAGCCCUGCUUCGGUGCGGGUUGUGGUCUGCGCAAACUGAUGGGUCGGCGGCGGCGGCGGCACGUAAUCGCCCUCAAACGCACGGCUCAGCAAAAUUGAUCCUCAUGUUUCCGUGUCGGACAAGACGAGUGUGUUGGGGCGCCCGGAAACGAAACCCUGAUCGUGCGUGACUCCUGGGAGGGGAACACAGCGAGGCCGUGUUCGAACUGUCGGGUUGGUAGAAAGUCCCCCUUCGCUACGCGACCAACGCGACGACGCCACUAGACUCGCCUUCGACGCGCCGCCCCAAGAGGCGACGAUGCGAGGACACCUUCGUGCCGUGACGACGGUCCACCGGUAGCGUGACACCUUUGAGUUGGCGGCUGCAACGGUGGCAGUGACGGCGGCAAUAUGCAGUCGUGGAGGUGGCAUGUCAUCCUCCUGCAGAUCAUGCUUCUCCUCGUCCUGCUGGCGUUGCUUGCAGUGGCCGAUUGCAGCUGGGAUGACCUGACGGAGGACACGCUUCACUAUGAAGGCAAUUACACUACGAGGGCCUUCAAGAACACCUUCAAGGAUGGGGAGAUCGCUCCUUACAAGUGUCAAAAUGGCUACACCGUCUCCGGCCUGUAUUCAGGACCCCACGUACCGAAUGCCACCUGCCGCGGCGACAAAUGGGAGUAUGAUUCAAGGAAUCUGGUGUGCAAGGCUGUAAGUUGCGGUCAUCCGUGCCCGGGUGGUUCCUGUCGAAAUGGGGCAGUCAACCCACCCGUGUUUAACUUCCCUAAUUUUGUGAACUUCACCUGCAACCCGGGCUACCACUUGGUGACGCACGACGACCAAAAGUGGGAUCCAAGCUACCAAGUCUACUGCACGUCUAGUGGCAGAUGGAGCCGUCAGGCGCCCAAGUGUGUAGAGGUGGUGUGCCCACAGCCCACUCCCAUUGCCAAUGGCCAGGUCAGCCCAUCGAUGCCAAUCUUUCGAGAAAACGACGUGAUCCAGUACACCUGCGAUCAGCCCUACACGCUGCGUGGGGAUGCUACACGCAGAUGCCAGAACGAUGCCACAUGGUCUGGCAAUGAGCCAGUUUGUGAGAGUCGUCGAAAACAUGUGGAUUAUUGGACUCCAAAUGUGAUUGAUGAGCGUUGCCCGGCACCAAAGCUGCCAUUUGGAGAAAUUAAAACCAACGGUGAUUACGGGGUCGGGGCCCACGUCAUCUACGUCUGCGAUGACGGCAAGCGAGGGGCUGCCCGGUGCGGCGAAGACCUCAAGUGGAGUCCAGAUCCACCGGGUUGCACGGACACAAAGCAAAAACCAACACCAGCACCACCAGCGCCAUCGCCUCCACCCCGUCCUCCGCCAACUACAACUGCUAGUACACCUUUACCAGCAACACCUCCCGGUGCGACGACGUGUCCGAGGCCCGGCUCCAUAGUCAACGGCGCCGUCGACGUGCCACCGGGCACGCUCGGCGUGAAUGCCAAGAUCCGGUACCGGUGCGACGCGGGCUACACGUUGGUCGGAGUGGCGGAGCGCGUCUGCCAGGGUGACGGCUCGUGGUCGAACUCGGAGCCCGUCUGCCAGGCCGCUCCGCCUUCAACGACGUGCUCGGCUCCCCCACCCAUAGCGAACGGCGCCGUCGAUGUACCUCAAGGCACUUUAGGCGUGAACAGCAGGGUUCAGUACAGGUGCGACGCUGGCUACACGUUGGUUGGAACAUCCGAGCGCGUCUGCCUGAGUGACGGCUCGUGGUCCGGUGCGGAGCCAGUGUGCCAGGCUAUUGUUGCAACAACUUGCCCAACGCCCGCUUCCAUAACCAACGGUGCCGUCGACGUACCUCCGGGAACACUGGGCGUGAACACGAAAGUCCGGUACCAGUGCAACGCAGGGUACAUGCUGGUCGGAGUGACGGAGCGCGUCUGCCAAAUGGACGGCUCGUGGUCGGGUGUGGAGCCGUAUUGUCAGGCCACUGGACAACCUCCGCAACCUCCGCAACCGCCAGCGGCACCUACAACAUCACAAAGCCCGAUGCCAGAUGCUCAUCCACCGGGGGGCGACGAGAAGCCGUCCGACAGCAGCAGCGGCGAGGCACAGACGACGUCAUGGGUGUUGCUGUCGCUGGUGGGCGUGCUCGUGUUGGCGGGCGCGGUGGUCCUCUACAUGUUCUACCUGUCGAGAUCGGGCGGCGACGACGACGCGAUGGCGUUGAUGGACCGUCAAGGGGUGGAGACCAAGUCGGGGGUGAUUCCAUGACGACCGAAGCUGUGCCGGCGUGCCUCUGCGUGCGAAGUGCUAGGGCUAAUUAAAUACCGCCUGCCACCGCGUACGCCGCUGACAGAACAGUUGCGAGCGACGGAGGCAAACUCGCGGCUGCUGUGCGCCAUGCGGGCCGCUACGGAGUCCGUAAACUGGAAGGCAGCUGAGAAGUUUGGUUCCGGACCAGGCUUCUGCGUAACUCCAGUUACCUAAUGAACGUUUUUUUAUUGCCACGCACCACUUAUUAGAGAUAGAUCACGAAUUGCCACGCACCACUUAUUAGAGAUAGAUCACGAUUCGUUCUUCUUUUCUUUUUGAACGUUGGAUUACCGCCAGACAAGCACGGCGUUUUCGUUAAUAUACUACUACGGGCCAAUGUGUUUAGUUUGCAGUCUUCGAAAUAUUGAUUCAUUGGAAUGCGAGGGCUGCUUUUCCCCCUCUUGUUGCGAAGUUUCGUUUAUAGUGACAGGUAAGUAAAAUAGCAAGAAGAAAUGUCGCAAAGCGUGCAAAUCUUAAAUGCGUUAGGUGUACGAUUUCCGCACCAACAGGUUUAAUUGUUUAUGUUGCGGAUGCUCUCGCAAAGUCUUGCCUUUGGUGUAUGUUCAUUGAUGUUAGCAAAGGACGCUAUUUCUAGAAUCUUAAAAAUAGGUAUUGUGGCGCAUAUAUACAGAGAUGCGAGCGGAAGCCCUGCUAUAACGUUCCUGUUGCUGCCUUCAGAGGCUGCGUAUUAUUGGCAGUGAGAAUUGGAAAGAAGUUUCCAUUAUUUCUCAGCAUAUGUUUACCUUUCAAGACGCCAUCACUUGUGCCUGCAUGCAAUGAACGUGCUCACGGAAAAAGUUUUACGCUGGGCAUCUCGCUUUGGCUGUUCAAGAGACACUCGAACUAUUUCCCAAAGUUGUUCCUGUAAGCUGCCGUUUACUGUAAAAAUACAAGUGCGCUUGUUUUGUGUC